GAGAGACUCGCCGCGAUGGCGUCGGGAGUGGAGACUGAGACUCGCCCGGAGACCCUGGAGGAGGAGGAGGAGGAGGAGGAGGAGGAGGAGGAGGAGGAGGAGGAGGAACGGCCGCUGACGGCGGCCGAGGCGCUGGCUGCCCAGAAGCGAGAAGAGAGACUGAGGAAGUUUCGGGAGCUGCACAUGAAAAGAAAUGAGGCCCGAAAAUUAAAUCAUCAGGAGGUUGUGGAGGAAGAUAAAAGGCUCAAGCUGCCAGCCAACUGGGAGGCUAAGAAGGCUCGUUUGGAAUGGGAGCUACAGGUUGAAGAAAAGAAGAAGGAAUGUGCUGCAAGGGGAGAAGACUAUGAACGAGUGAAAUUACUGGAGAUCAGUGCUGAAGAUGCAGAAAGAUGGGAGAGAAAGAAGAAGAGGAAGAACCCAGAUCUAGGCUUUUCAGAUUAUGCAGCUGCUCAGUUACGCCAAUAUCACCGGUUAACCAAGCAAAUCAAACCUGAUAUGGAAGCGUAUGAAAAACUGAGAGAAAAAUAUGGAGAAGAAUUCUACCCAACAUCCAAUAGUCUUCUUCAUGGAACACAUGUACCUUCUACAGAAGAAAUUGAUAGGAUGGUUAUAGAUCUAGACAAACAAAUUGAGAAACGAGAAAAAUACAGUCGGAGACGUCCUUAUAAUGAUGACUCUGAUAUUGACUACAUCAAUGAAAGAAAUGCCAAAUUCAACAAGAAAGCAGAGAGAUUCUAUGGAAAGUAUACAGCUGAAAUCAAACAGAAUUUGGAAAGAGGAACAGCUGUUUAAACUUCAGGAAAUGUUGAACUUGGUUGUAAAUCGAGUCUUCGGGUAAAUUACCAUCAGUGAACUGUACAAAUAAAAGGAUUUCUACUCUUAUAUCUAACACUCAAAUGCAUUUUUAAGUUUGUGUAUUUUCAUACUUAAGAGUACUGCUAUUUUAGGAAAAAUACAGUCUUAGUAAGGAAACUUUUCCCAUCUCUGAUCGGUACCAGGCCAGGACACCACAGAUGACACUAUUUCCAGGUGUAAAAUGAUAACAGUGAACUAGUCUUACCUAUCUCACAGGGUUGUUGUGAGGCUAAAAUGAGAAUGUAUUCAAAAUGUUUUGUAAACUUUAUAUAGAAGUUCAUUCAAUAAAGUGAAGUGCUACUUCA